CAGGUGCUCAUUACAGUUUUAUACCACCACAUUCGAGUAUCCACUGUAGUGACGAUAAAGGUGUGUCUUUGCGUUCUAACUUCUACAAAGCCUUAAAGUAAAAAAAAAUUUUAAAGACUUUGAUUGUACUCAGGAAAAAUAAAAUUCAGCAAAAUGUUGAAUGUGAAAUCAUUGCCUUCUUUCGUCGGCCGUUUGGCCACGUCAAACGCAACGCUAAACAUCCGAAGCCUUUCUUCGUUACGACAAGCCGAAGUCGAAUCUUUGCAUGAACAUAGUGGUCUGCAUAAAAUAAAUACAUCUUCGAAAAAUCCUAUUGACAUUUUUAGUAAAUGGUACAACGAACACAUGGCAGCUAAUGCAUCCGUGACUUCUGCUAAAGCAUUUAGCUUGGCCACCGUUUCUAGCACCGGAAAGGUAUCUUGUCGUAGUUUAAUAUUACGACGCUUGGAUGAAGACGGAUUUGUGAUGAUGACUGAUGGAAGAAGUAGAAAAUCAAAGGAUUUGGCGGAAAAUCCUCAGGCUUCCAUGUUGUUUUUGUGGUUGGACCGAACAUCAGAUAACUUGCCUCAAACCAGACAGGUGCGUAUCGAAGGAACUGUCAACAAGCUAACCACAGACAACAUGAAAGAGCUGUACGACAUUGAACCGCUGUUUUGUAAGAUCCGCGCGCAGAUCUGUGAACAAGGAAAGGUGGUAGAGUGGGAGCAACUAAAGCGCGACCACGAUCAGUUGUUCGAUAAAGUAUCCAAGUAUAAUGUCCAACUCCCCAAGCCCGACCACGUUGUUGCAUAUAAGCUCGUGCCCAAUGUGAUUGAAUUUUAUGAAGCGAUUGGCCAGAAAAUCGGUGAUAGACUGUUGUUCACCAAAGAUGGCAUUUCAUGGCAACCAAAACAUAUAGCUGCAUAGUAUUAGAAACACUUAUUUUAUUACAGGAAAUGAUUUUAAAAAAUGAUAUGAGUGAAUCACGCA